GCGGCGAGGGGUGGUGCCCGAGUUGUUUCCCCGCGCGCCGGGCCGCGCGUCGCUCCGAGGGAGCCCAGCCAGCUCGGGCCCGGCUGCGCUGGGCGGCCCGGAGGGAGCGCGCCAUGGACCCCAAGGCGGGUGGCGGCGAGGAGGAGGACUGCGUGGACUCUGGCGCCGAGACCGGAGGGUCCGACUACAGCCACAUGUCCUCCACCAGCAGUGAGCUGUCCGUGGAGGACGCACAGGACCCGUUCCUGGUGAGCAUCCACAUAAUCGCAGACCCAGGGGAAUCCCGGCCCCUGCAGGAGGCCAUCGACAAGGUCUUGGCUUGGAUCCACCCGGACCUCCAGCUGUUCAGGGUCUCUGAAAGGCGGGCGUCCCGGCGACGGAGGAAGGCCCCCAAGGCGGCGCAGCCGGCGCUGGCGGUGGUGCUCUUCCUGCAGGAGGAGUACGGCGAGGAGCAGAUCCUGCAGCUGCACCGCACGCUGCAGCGGCCGCCCUGGCGCCACCACCACACGGAGCGCGUGCCCGGCAGGUUCCUGCCCUACCUGCCCUGCAGCCAGGACUUCUUCACGCUGGCCCCCGGGACGCCGCUGUGGGCCAUCCGGCCCGUGCACUACGGCAAGGAAAUCGUGCGCUUCACCAUCUACUGUCGCCAUGACAACUACGCCGACAUCCUCAAGUUCUACGAGCUGAUCCUCAGGCGGAGCCCCAGCCAGAGGAAGACGGACUUCUGCAUCUUCCCUAUUUUCUCCAAUCUGGAUGUGGACAUCCAGUUCUCCCUGAAAAGACUGCCCUGUGACCAGACCCCGGUCCCCACCGACUCCUCGGUGCUGGAGUUCCGAGUCAAGGACAUCGGCGAGCUGGUGCCGCUCUUGCCCAAUCCCUGCAGCCCCAUCAGUGAGGGGCGCUGGCAGACGGAGGACCACGACGGGAACAAGAUCCUUCUGCAGGCACAGAGGAUACACAGGAAGGGUCCGAAACCCCGCAGAGCUCACCCCGCCUCGGAGCAGAAAGCUGGUUCCACGCCUUCCCCCAGCGCCCCCGCGUCGAGCCGGACACCAGGCAGCGGCCCGCAGCCCACGCUGGACAGCUUGCACCCAGGGCUGGGCCGGGCGGGCCUGGCUGCCGGGCGCCCGCAGCAAUUUGCCAGCCAAGCCAGCGGCCCUCCCAGCCUCCCGUGGUCCUUCCAGAGAAGCAAGUCCCUGUUCUGCCUGCCCACAGGCGACCCCUCCCCGGCCUCCUCCGCUGAACCACAGUGGUUUGCAAACGCAGGCGGCCCAGGGCCGAGGGCGUCGGAGCGCCGGCCCGGCCACCCCGUCUCCAUCGACGACUUGGAGGGGGCCCAGGAGACCGACGUGGACACGGGGCUGCGGCUCUCCUCCUCCGACCUGUCGGUGGUCUCGGCCUACUCCGCCCCCAGUCGCUUCUGCAGCCCCGAGGAAGCCCCGCCGCCCUCAGGAAGGUGCAGCAGCCACUGGUCGGAGCGCAGGGACUCCCGAGAAGGACCCCUGCCCGCGGGGGGCGCGGGGACCGCGGAGGCCUCCUGGGCAGCGCCCCCUUUCUUCACCCAAGGGUCCUCCAGCUCCUCAGCGACAGCUGCCGCCGCUCCCCCAGCUUCUGACGCCUCCUCGCUCACAGAGUCCCCCCCAGAGCACCCUUACCAUGUGCCCGACGCCCAGCAGACCCGCAGAGACGUCCCGGCGCCGGCGGGCCCGGCGCACAGCGACGCGGAGGAGUUCUACAUCUGAACGCCCUCCGCCUCGGCUCCCCGCCGCCCCGGAGUCGGCUCCCACCCGCGGUCUGCGCUCCGCUUCCCAGGUCCGUCUGGAAUCCCGUCCCCUGACUCACCGAGGUGUUAGCACACUGGCCACACCGCCCACUAGUACCUGACGGGUGGUCUCUGUCUAGGGACUCAGUGGAAAAAUAUGCAAAUCAAUUCUCAACAAACUUAAGUCAUAAAAUAUUUUUGAAUACUCCAUUCCAGUGCACUUGUGUCAUUUAAAUGCUUCACAUAAUUAUUUGAAAUGAAAAGAAAACCUAGUCAGCUGGAGCUGAUGUGGUAAUUUUUCAUGCUGUGAAGAAGAAACAAUUAAAGCCAAAAGGUUGACUGUGAGAAAGAUAGCAAGUGACUUAGGAGAGCAAUUCGUGCACAUAAGGUCCAGCUUACUGGAUUCUCCCUAUGGACUUACCGUACCAGGGAGCAGUGGCCCGGAGAAUUUCCAGGUACCAUCAGAGUCCAGAAGGAAAGGAGGCAGCCCCAUAGAAGGGGGAACGUCUAUCAGACCACGGCCAUGCCGCAUUCUGAUGUCACCCAGCAUCGGAAAAUCUGCAUGUAUGGAAAGGAGGCUAACAUGCUUUAUGAGGAUUUCGCAUGACUAGCAGACUCUUGGUGCAUUUAAAAUACAAUUUGAGGAAGUUCUUUCGUGGUGCAGUGGGGUAAGAAUCUGGCGUUGUCACUGCAGCGGCUUGGGUUGUUGCUGUGGCGCAGGUUAGAUCCCUGGCCCAGGAACUUGCACAUGCCUCAGGUGUGGCCAAAAAAAAAAAAAAAAAAAAAUCCAAUUUGAGUUCUAAAACCUAGAUUUGCAUACACCUUUCAAACACAUUCAUUGUAGCAAGUGGGGUCUACAGAACUACUUGGAUUUAUUUGGGUCACUGAGGAAGAACCAUUCUGUAACUCAUUGGAGUUACAGAAUAGUAGGAUUUUAGAUAUACUGGGUAGGUAGUCCUGGGAUGCUUCAAUUUUAUCUUUUUAGGGCCACACCUGCGGCAUACAGAAGUUCCCAGGCUAGGGGUGUAAUCGGAGCUGUAGCAGCUGGCCUGCACCACAGCCACAGCAACGCAGCAUCCCAGCCCUGCCUGCCACCCACACUGCAGCUCACGACAAUGCUGGAUCCCCCACCCACCGAGUGAGGCCAGGGAUCAAACCCACAUCUUCAUGGAUAGUAGUCGGAUUCAUUUCUGCUGCACCACAACACGAACUCCAGAAUGCUUCAAUUUUUAAAACCACAAUCUAAGGGCUGUACAUGGAGAUCUAUGUAAAUGACAUGAACCACAUUUUAUACUGCUUUCUCCAGUAAGCAUGCAUCGUCACACUCCCUUUUUCAUUUUUAAGUAAUUCCUAACCAUUUUAACUGGCAUUUUGAUGGAGCAGAUUAAUAAACGCCCUCUCUUCUUCUCCAAAUGGGAAGCUUUACACAAAAUGCUGUCCUGAACCAACGCUGCUGCACGAGUGCCGCAGAGCCUUAAUUAAAGCUGGAGCUCUAACCUGACCUUGUCUUUUCCUGCCGUUGCCUGCUUCUGUCACAGAGUGAAUGGUAUUUACAUCUCACCUCUCUCCCCCUCCAGCAAGGGUAUGUUUACAGCUCCAACCUCAGCAGUGCCAAGUGCUGGCACUGGGGGCAACGCCAAGCUGUCCCUGGUUGCUCUGUACCUCUGGGGAGGAAGGGCAGGACUGGCCUUGCUCACUUCCCUCUCUGGGGCUCCUUGCCUGCAUCACUCAGUGCCCAGUUCACAGCCCUCUGAAGGUACCCACACCAGCCCAGACACAGCUUCAGAAUCCUCGUCAACACAUUUCUCCCGGCAGCUGUAACCAGUCCUCAGACGAGCUGAAGCCUCAAGUCUGCUGCCUCUGUAAUGAGAAUCUUACCUCCUACCCCGGACAUCCUGGAUAUUCCAGGCCUCUGAAUUGAAUUAUAAUAUUCUGCUCUGAUUUAAGUAAAUAAAAAUAUGGUCUUUUAAAAUUCUAGACCAAGAGGGAACAGACUUUUUUAAAGGGCUUGAUAAUAAAUAUUUUAGGUUUCGCCAGCCAUGUGGUCUCUGUCUUCAUCAUGGCACGAGAGCAGCCAAGGAUGCGUAAAGGAACGGGGGUGGCGAGUUCCAAGACAAUGUAUUUUAUAAGAACAGGUGGAGGGUCAGAUUUGGCCCAAGUAUCGCAGUUGCCAACCCCUGCGCCAGACUGCGGUUGGUAAGAGAUCCCAGCUGCGGUCAAUGAUAAAGAACGGAGGUUGCAGCCCUCUGCUCCUGUGGAGCCUGAGACCAAGAAAAUGUGCCGCUGGAGCCAAGCUGUUGACGACAGAACCACAGAGCUUCUUCCUGCAGAGAUGAUUCCUAGAAGGCCACUGGCUGUCCACCUUCUGCCCAGAAACAUGACUCACAGCAAGUGGCAGAUCCUGCAAAACCACAUGCUAAUCACUCAGAGGUGCUGACUCAGCCCCCAACACGCGGGAGGCCAGCUCAGGAGUAGCACAGUCAUUGCAGCAUCAACAAGUGGACCAGCAGCCAAGUGAUGGCACCUCUGGUCCUCACCCUUCAGCAGUACCCUCAGUCCAGAAUAUUCACACGCGCCCCUGCGGAUGCUUUAGAGCCCAACUCUGAUGCGCCUCGACCCCAUCCUUUCUCACUGCCCCCCCACCCCCCGGCCUCAGCACAGCACAGUCUACCAAACUGAGUGGCCCCAAAGGAUGGUAGCGAACCCCUUAAAAGCAGAAAAUGCAAGAUGCUCCCAUAGUGACAUGAGGGGAGAAGGGGACAGAAGCCCACCCCCGACCACAUUCAGGUGCUCCCCUCCCUGUGUUCUGGUCAGAGACGGAGAAGGAGCCACAGAGACACUACUGACAGGGCAGAGCUUCCCUUUCUGACCCCCCACCAGCACUGUCCUCAUCCAGGAGGGCCCGGAGACCCACGGGGGGAUCCUGAAUCUUGAGUUAUUACUGUGAUGAAGGCCGGCAUACUGUAGAUGCUCAAUAAAUUUCUUUAAU